AUGGAAGCCGGAGUAGGACUUGCGGUCAUUCUGCCAACGCAGAGACCACAAAGUUGGAAUACGAGAGCGCGCGCUCUUGCUGGCUUGACUACGCCACUUACCCAACUAUCUAUUGACGAGCGUUUGAGAGCCACCUCUGGACAAUGCUCAUCACACGAACUUUCCGUAGCUGCAUUUUCGCUUUCUUCCACUAUGGAUGCGUACUGCGAUGGAAAAUGCGAGUUUUCGCAGCGGGACUACGAAGCCGAAACAAACUAA